CCUGCCAACGGUCCCGGAGGCUGAGGUGGCGCCCGAGCAGCUGCCGCCACUGCCACUGCUCGCCAUGGGCCCGGGGCCCCGGCUGCUGCUCGCUCUUGCGCUUUGCGUGGGGCUCGGCGCCCUCGCGCCUUCUGCGGGGGCCUCGGGCGUCAGCAGGCGAGGCCCCACCGUGACGGCCAAGGAAGGAGGCGGCCCGAGUACUUCCUUCGGCGUGGCGAGGACCCGGGAAUGGAUGCAGGAAGAAUGCGGGCGGAAGAGACGCGCUCCGAGCCGCGGGGGUGCAGUGGGAGGCCGCCACCGCUGUCACACGGCCUGGAGGAGCCCGGGUCCAGCCCCUGCCUGGGGGGGGAGGGGGGGCGGGCGUCUGGGCAAGCGUUCGCAACCCUGCUGUAAGCGAGAGGCUGUCUUCCCGCUGGGGGGAGAGGAAAACCCACUGGCAGCAGUGUCUUGGAAUCUGGAAGGAGGGGCAGCUGCAAGUUGUUUUAAUAGUGGCCCAUCAUUUUCAAAUGACUUUCAAAGGCAGCCCUCAGCGGAAAAAGAAGUGACUGAGCUUACUCCUGAAGUGUGGUGUGGAAUCCAGUUACCACCUCUGCCAGGAAGCCCACCCUGAUUCCCCACAGAUAAUCAUCACCUCUAUCCAUUUCAUCUGUACUUAUCUUGUUAUAAAACCAGAUUUUCCAAUAUAUUAUAGCUACUUACAUAUGUGUUUUCUUUGGGACUGUAAACUCCCUGCGGCUAGGGGCUUUGCAGCCUCACCCCAUGUCCAGAAAAGGGCCUGUCUCCAAGGGCACGCAAGCAGUCAGAGAUGUUCUCAGGGUGAUAGAGGGCAGUGGGAGAGGGUUUGCCUGACAGCCACCUUGGGUCCCCUGCACAAAGAGCCCAUUUCCUGCCCUGGUGCUUUGGCUCCAGAAAGAACCGUGCCCGGUAGGGCUCAUGCCCAUUCUUGUCCCGGAGGCCGCUCCCCUCCCUUCUCCAGGAUGCCUUCCCUCACCCUUAGCGUCCCUCCAGUCUGGGGAUACUGCAUUCCUGUGACCCAGGACGAUGUGACUUUCUCAUUUCCACCGGAGUCAGGAAAACUCUGCUGUAUUUUCAUGCCGUCAGUCACGAAGUGGAAGGACCCUGAAGUUUGGGGGGGAAAAAAUCGUGUUAGUAUGUGUGUGAGGCUGCGCAUCAGAAUGGCAGAUUUUUAUUGGAGAGUUUUGCUGGGUGACAGGCCCCUUUUCUGUGCCUUCUCCUGUUGCUCUCCCGCGUUUUAUGCUUCUUGCUGUCCAAACAUCCACAGGCUUUAUUUUCUCUU